AUGUCGAAGAGGGAUGGAGUCCAGCUUAAGUUGAACGGAGACAAGAUUAAUCUGGAAACGAAGAGGAGGAACGAUUGCGGCACGGCCAGCUCGAAGAGUUUGUUGUCGGGCAAGAAGUACUCGAGACCGGCUUCUACUAUACCUUCGUUUAACCGUUACGAGGACAUUCUAAACGAUGAUAAACGACCAUCAUCGGCCGGUUACGUACCGAAGAGACUACCACCGCUCGAUCUAGACUGUUUACAUGAAGAUUUCGAAGCCGACAUUCUCCCGUCAUCGUUCAUACUGGAAAACAUGCUGAAAGAACCGUCGGAUCCGUGGAAAGACGCCAAAUUCCUGGAAAGCUACAACACCAAUUUACCAUCGAGCAAAGAUACCACUUGCGAGGAACACACUUCUCUAUCGUCAGACGAAAACGAUGCCAGGAAACUCGAAAUCGAAGAAGACAAACAAGAUUAUUACGGGCAUUCGAACAUGCAGCCCGGCGUGGCUACGAAACCGCCUCUACCGAGGCCGCCCGAAACCUCCCAUCAGAAGUACUACAGAGACGACAAAGGCAUGGACGCCAUCACGGCCUACUUGACCAUCAAAUACGAAGCGGAAACUUCCAAAAAAGACCCGAAAAUCGACAGUAAUUACUUCGAGAAGUUGGCGUUGAACAAACGUUUGGAGAAACUCAACGCGCCUACUAUCAAAAUAUCGGAAGAAGAUGAAGUAGCCGAUAAAAUCGAAGAAAACAAUUUGACGGAUACGUCGAAAAUGGCGGGGAAAUGGCCGGAUCUGCCGGACAUAUCCGAGAUCGAUUUGGACCGGUUGUUCGAUGUGGAGAAGAAGAGCAAGAGGAAGAACACCAAGCGGAAGAUUCGAAUAUGCGGCGGCAAACGGGAAGAAACGAAGAACGCGGAAAUCGAGUCUUGGAUGAGCGAAAGAAGCGAUGGAAAAUCCAAUAGUUAUUUGGACAUGUUGAACAGCUUGAGCGAAUUCGAUGGGAAAGAAGCAGCAGGUGAUUCGCCUGGUGGUGAUAGAAAUUCGAAUUUGAGCGGCAGUUUCGACGAUAUCGUUUCCAUUCUCGAGGCUUUGGAAGAAGAGGACAAAAAAUCACAUCAAAAAAUCGCAACGGUGAAGAAAAUGGUGGAUUUGAGUCUAGAAAGAGAAGACCAUCAAUUAUCACCCAAAACGCAAAAUCUCACAGAAGAUGUUCGAACCGAUACAAACGAUAACAAAGCUGAAAUGACCGAUUAUUUUUUUCCUAAAUUAAUGGAAGAAAAUGGCCACAAGGAACUUCCCAUUACAACACCACAAAAUUACGACUUCGGACAUGACACUUCGAAGGAAAAUUCCACGAACUAUUGCCAACUGCUGUCGUAUUUAGACGAAGUAGACAGGAACUGCAUACAGUCAUUAGAAGAGGCCAAUCACCGAACCGAAUUCGCCACCAAAUCCACCAUUAAAUUAGACACUAUACCAAGACCGGAAGACCUUCGAGCAUUGUCCUGCGAAGAGCUCAUCGGGCAGAUCGUCGACCUGAGCCUGCGCCUCAAAGACAAAUCCUCCUCCAUAUCGUUGCUGCAAGACGAGAUGAGCAAUCUUCGCGAGAAAGUCAUCGGCCAGUCCAAAGUCACCGAACGAACGGUCAAGCAAAAAUUGAAGGAGCAAAAGGACGAGUACGAGGGAGUGAUCAAACGCCACCAGAAAUUCAUCGAUCAACUGAUAGCCGAUAAGAGAUCGUUGAAUCAACAAUGCGAAAGCCUCAUACAGGAACUCAAAGUGGUGGAGGAUCGCUACAACACCAACACCAGAGCCUCGGAGCACAAACACCAAACGGAAAUGAGGAAGCUGAAGGAAAUGCAGAUGGCCGGCGAGAAGCUGAGAAGGCAAAGCUGGAUAGACAACAAAACGCAGAAAAUCAAGGAACUAACGGUGAAGAGCAUCGAACCGGAAUUGGCGAGCAUGGAGAAACGCUACCAGCAGGAACUGGCCGACAUCAGGUCGCUCCACAAGCGCGAAAUCGAAGAUUUGGAACUGAAAUCGGCCAGAAAAAUGCAACAGCAAUGCGAGAACCUCCGCCAGCAGCUCGUCGAAGAGCGCGAGAAAGCCCUAGCGCACGAAAGGGACGUGAUGCGCAAGCGCCACGAACAAAUGCUGGACGCCGAAGAGAAAUCCUUCCAGGAGCAGCGCCGACGGCUCUUCGCCGAUCACGCGAACAAAUUGAAGGAGUGCGAGGAACGCGAAGCGGCCGCCGCUGUCGACAAAGAGAAGCAACUGAAGCUGGCCCGAGAGGAGUUCGACGAGAGAUUACAGGUAGCGGCGAGGCGGCACGACGAGGAGUCGAAGCUGGUCGAGCAAUCCGUUCGCUUGGAGUUCGAGCGGUGGAAGGGCGAUUUGCAGCGACAGCAGGCGCAGCUGCUGGCCGAACGAGAGGCGACGAUGCGCGAGCAAAUGAGGCUGGAGAAAGAUAGAGAAGUGGAAGCGAUCGCCGGGCGAUUGGAGCUGGAAGCCAACGAUAACAAGGCGCAAUUGGAGAGGUGCACGGAGAAUAGGAUCAGGCGAUUGAGGGAGAAGUACGAGAAGGAGAUCAAGGAUUUGGAGGGUUCCGAGAAAGAUGCCAAAGCGAAAUACUGCGACGCCAAAGCCAAGUUGCUCGAUGCGGAAGAUGCCGCCAUCAAUUUACGUGCCAAUGUCAAGCAGUUGGAAGCUGCAUUGAAUGAAUCCAAAGAGGUGAUCGAGAAAUACAAAACCGAACGGCGCGAUUACGAGUCGAUUGUCAGGGCGCAAACGAAACAGGAUAUGGAUAAGCUGGAGGCGGAGGUGAGGCGGCUGAGGAGCGGGCGCGAAAAGGAGCUCCAACAGCUCUAUUCGAGGAUCAAGGUGUCGGUAUCGAGAAAGGACGAAAUCCUCGUCGAAUUGCGACAGGAACACAAGGCGUUGCAGGAGAAAUGCGCCUAUUUGGAGAACAUGCUCGAGCAACAGAGGAAAGAGUAUCUCAUCAAGAUUAAAUUCGAAUCUCGCUUGCGUUUCGGAGGGGGCGCGAAGCCCGCGAAGCGCGGAAACUUCGGAAGGAAAAUCCGCACGGUAGAAGGAAACCCGGGUCAGUCGAAUCGCGGCAGGCGUCGACGUCGCGACGCUUUUCCUCCCGUCCCCGGAAAAUCCGCUCGAACAUGCCGGGAGAUUUCGAUUCGUGCUAACGCGGCGAUUCUCGUUGUAUCGUAA